AUGCCCAAUGCUCAGCUUGCAGGAAAGAACAAAGAUCAGGCAUGGACCGUGGAAAGUGAGGCUAAGGAUACGGCGUUAGCCUUUCACACUCGCUUGGCGGAGAGGAGAUACCGUUCAGGGCCGUUGGGCAACGAUGAUAGUCGCCGUGGCUGGCUAUGGAUGAUAAAGUGGACUUUAAUUACUAUUCUGGGAUUUAAGUGGAGAUUUGAGAUGUUCCUGGCAUAUAAUGGGUUCUAUUUCGAGUGA